AUGGCAGCAGAGACACUUUCACUUGCCGGCAAGUUUGCCUUGGUUACAGGCUCUAGCAAGGAGCACGGGAUCGGUGCUGCCAUCGCGAGAAGUUUGGCUCGGAACGGCGCGUCUGUGGCCAUCCAUUACGUGUCAGAGAGCUCGAAGUCAAAGGCCGAAGCCAUCGCCGCGAACAUCACCAAGGAAUUCGGAACCAAAACUACCGUGGUGCGAGGUGCGGUCGAGGAGGUCGGCACCGCUAAAACCAUCGUCGAGGAUACGCUCAAGGGCCUCGACACGGACCACAUUGAUAUUCUCGUCAAUAACGCUGGAGGCGGCGACAACAAAGCCUUGAUGGAGAUCACGCCGGAGCAACUCGAGCAUGAGUUCGGGUUGAACGUUUUUGGUCCGAUUUACCUGACGCAGGCCGUUGUCGAUACGGGAAAGAUGCCCAAAGGGGGACGGAUUAUCAAUGUUAGCUCGAUCGCCGCCAAGCUUGGCCUCGAGGGUGUGACGGUCUAUUCUGCCGCGAAGGCAGCGCAGGAUAGUUUGACGGCGUCCUUGGCUGGUGAGCUCGGAAAAAGUCGCGGAAUCACCGUCAAUACGGUUGCACCCGGCCCGGUCCCGACUGACACGUCGAAGCCGUUUCUCGAAAAGCCUGAUGGGUCUCCAAGUGAAAUGCAGGCCGGCAUGAUUGCUAUGACGCGAGCAGCGGCGCGUCUGGGAACCACAGCGGACAUAGCUGACGCUGUGCUUCUGCUAGUAUCGGAGAAAAGCCGGUGGAUUACUGCGCAAUGGAUUUCACUCAGCGGUGGUAUCACUGGGACUAUGUAA